GUUCGACAACGCAAUAUGUAUUUUUUUGUUGUAUUAUCUUUCUUCCUGCAGGCUGACUCCCAAGCGAGCAGCGCGAGCACCAGGUCGAAUGCCUAUCUCGGCGGGUCGCCGUCGCAGAGUCAUUUCUCGGAGACCCAGCUGCAUGCCAGCGGUGCCGACGACGUCGCCCUGAACAUUCGCCGCAUGGCCGGGACGCUUCCGGACCUCGUCCGCGUCGCUCAGGAGAGACUCGAGGCACAAAGGGAGGUUGAAGCUGCCAACAUACUCUACUUCGGCUGUGGCUUCUGCUUCCUCAUGACCUUGUCCGCCGCACUUCUGCUAUAUGCGGUCGCCAGAGAAGCGUGGAGGCCGACGAUGGGCAAGACGGAGAUGGACAGCGUGCCCACAAGGACAACGCCGUCAGCAGCAGAAUCCUUGGCCACCGGCGGCACCGGUGCUUCUGGGACGGCAGUGUCAGCCGAUGCUACCACGUAGACAGCGCGGAGCACAUUCAUCGCCAUCCAAGGCUGUGUUAUAGACACAUUUCACAUUGAACGGCCGACGCCAUACUUUCAACAGCAGAAACAAGCGUAACGAUUGAGAAAUACGUUGUUAAGCUAAUAAACGCAAUAAUUGGAAAAUGCGAUCCUAGCUGUCUCGUUAUUUA